UAUUAUCAAAGCCAAUGUCACCAAAUUUUAUUCCAAGUGACAUUGAUGAAGUUAGCUUUCCUUCACAAAUAACAUCUAAUGAUUAUAACAGCGAAGAGUCCUUAGAUUUAGACAGUAUUUUAAGUUCUGUGUCAACUGAUGCAUGA